AUGAGGGAACAUGAUACUCGCCAACGUAUCGCAAGUGAGCCCUCUUCAAAUGUUUCUCUAGAGAUCGCCUCCGUCUGCAUAUUCCACUACCUUAACUCACGCCCCUCCAGUUUUACUCAUUUCUAUGACAAUCCUUCACAUUGUCCCAACUCUACCGUCAGAGACAUCGACCAUUCCUCCCCUCGUUCCGCAUUCGUUGUCUCUCCCGAGACACAUACUGCUGAAAGUGGUUAUCCCUCACAUGGCCGACCCUCAGCCCCUGCAUAUAUGAGGAAAUCUUCCCGCUUGCCCAUCAAGAAGAAGCAUUACGCCACCGAUCCGCAUGCAUGCUCUGCUUCUAAACUUCCCCAGACUGCUUCUUUGACUUCAGAUUUUCAUGCUACCGAAGCAUACUUGAAACCUUCUCCUUCCAUA